AUGCUGCUGGAGCUGCGGCGGAGCUUCGGUCUGCGGGAGCUGUGUGGCUCGGAGGAGGCGCCGAAGCAGCUUCUGCGCCGAUUGCGCUCCAUUGUGGGAGACGGAGGCUGGGACCUGCAAGCAGCCUUUGACUCGCCGGAGCUGCCGCUGAAGUUGGAGCUCUGCUCUGGUGAGGGGGAGUGGGUUUGCGCCCAAGCGGCCAAAGACGCCGAGGGCAACUGGGCCUGCGUGGAGCACAGGCGCGAUCGGGUCUUCCGGACCUUCUCCCGGGCAUUUCUGACGGGCGUCUCCAAUCUUUGCUUCGUGGCGGGCGACGCCGCGAUGCUUCUGCAGCUAUUGGCGCCUGGAUCAGUGGCACAAGUCUUCGUCAACUUCCCCGAGCCACCGGUGCGCCGGGGCCUGGGUGACGGUGACGCCGCAGGCGAUGACUCAGCUCCGCAUCUGCUCACAGUGUCCACCUUCAAGCUCAUCCACAGGGUGCUGAGGGCCAAGGGCAUGCUGUUGGUGCAUUCAGACAAUGUCACAUAUCUUCGGCAGCUUGCAGCAACCAUUGAUCGUGCAGGCGGCUUCCAAAAUGCGCCUGAUCCAGGGGAAGCUGUGCGCGAGGGCGCGGAGGAUGCCAGCGUCCAAAUCUGGCGCGGCAGACCCGGCCCGACUGCCGGGGUGGUGGAGCCACAGGCUUCCUCCUACUUCGAUCGGCUGUGGAGCCACGGGCGCUUCAAGCGCCGGUACUUCAUCCUCGUGCAGCGCCAAAAAGGCAAGAGCGGAAAGCGACAGAAAGCCAAGGAGCGGCGCAAAGCCGCGCGCAUGCUCCAAGUGAGGUGGCUUGGCACCUUACCGCUGUUGGCCGCCUGGACGAAGGAGCGGCUCGUUGUGUCCGUGGCGGAGCCAGAGCCAGAGCAGGACAGCGAUUCGGAUGGAGGGCCUGCCAGCUGCUUCAACCAGCACUGGCCAAAGCUCCAGAACAUUGCGCCCACAGCGCACUUGGCACUUUGGCCCCUGCAGAACUUUGAAGAGGGACGGCCGCCACCUGGACAGCCAGACACCUACUCUGCCUGCUUCCUCGGGCAGCACAAGGUGGCAGGUGUACAGCUGGAUGUCCUGCAAUAUGCAGAGAAUCGCGAGAGUUACCUUGAAGAGACUCAGAUCUUGGUAAUGACGAAGUUCCUGGAUUUUCUAGAGCGAAAUGCGGAUGAGGAGGUCUUAAUUGCCCUCCGCGGGGGUGUGGCCGUGUGCGUGCCUGCGGCCUGCGCACAGGGAUCGGAGCUCCUCAAGAGCGCCAUCGAGUACAUCGCCUACGCCGUGGGCUUCGGUGAUACGGCGGUGUGGUUGCCAGCGCCCAGGGAGAAUGUGGACAUAACGCUCUUGGCCUUGUACAGCAACUGGAAGGUAGCACCUGUGGCAGUGAGCGAAGGUGCUGCAGAGCCGGAUGCGGAAGCGUUCGGCGGCGGAUGUAUUGUGGGGCGCGUGCCAGCCAGUGCUCAAUUGUGCUGGAGUGGGGCAGCCCACAACGUGCUGCUCCAAGAGCACAAGGAGGAGGCCGCUUGCUCGCCAGGAUCCAAGAAGGUAGAGGAUCUCUUGCGCUUCUUGCGGCGCCUUCCCAGCAACCGCCGCCCAGCGUGGCUGCUGUGCCAAGAAUCGGCGCAGCAUGAGGUGUGGCAUGGCUGGGUGCAAGAUUUGCAGUCUGGCUGCCGCUUGGGCCGGGCACUUGAGAUCAUCGAACGCUUUGCCAAAAGCGCAUGGUUCUGGAUGGCGACUGUCUACCUUCAUUCCUUUGACCUUUGCGAGUCUGAUCACAUCCCUGUACACUGGAGGUGGUACGGGGACGACUUUUGCUCGUAUCACUUCUUCCGGGACGGACGCUCGCCAACCUGGAGUGGCCGCCGUUGCUGGAAUCGGUGGGGCCUCUUCUGCCCCUUCGGCUUUGCUGCGGCUCUGGUGGUGCGCGCGCAGGCCCUGCUUGCCCUGCGCUACCACGCAGAAGCGCACGAGGACCUGCGCAUGGCCUCUGCCAUGCUGGGAUCCUGCCAUGAGUUCCAGCUGCUGCCAGAGCUUUGGCGCGGCGAGGCCGCGAGUCUUUGAGCCGUUAGGAGACCCGUAUAGCUCCGAACAAAUGGCUUCCUUGCGGAUGCGCACAUUCUCCUUGCAAGCGGGAAGCUCCUGAUCCUGGGAAGUUGUGGCC